AUGCCAGCCAGACGGUCAAUAACGCACGAUGGACCUGACAUUCUAGUAAAAUGUGUAUUUGGUUUGUUCCAGUACACACCAAUAAGUGAAGAUGAUGUUCGACAACUGCAGCGCAUUUACGAAGAUCUUCUGCAGAAGAUACGGCCGAAUGCGAUUGGUUUGGUCGACGCAUUCGAUUUUAGAGAUGAGAUCCUGAACUCGACCCUCGGCGCGUACGACGGUCGCGUGUACGAGCGUCUGAUGGAGGAGGCACUGAAGAGUCCUCUCAACAAAGAGCCCGUCAACCGCAGCUUCCACAUGUACCUCAAGCCCUUCAUGCAGGGAAACUGUGAUUGUGGUUUGUGUAAAAAGUGUGUUGAAAUUGUAUUACUAUAAUGUCUAUUGAGUAUUAAAGUAAGGGAAUAAAAUAAAGAGUUUUUGAGAUA